AUGAGGAUGAGCUAUAGUAUACCCCAGACGGGCUGGAGACGCAUUUAUGAGCAAUUCGUGGACUACUGGAUGGUGCUGCAUGAGAAAACGCAUCCGCAGCACACCACGCUCUAUUAUAAUCGGCUGCAGCUAAUCGUCAUGUGCAACUAUCCGAACAAGGAGCAGCGCCGCUCGCCCAUUCGCCACCUCUGGCAUAGAAUCAUCCUGCUGCAGACGAACCUCUUCUUUGUCACUUUGCUGUUUGCUCUGCCAGAAUCGGUCGAUAAUAUAGUCGACUUUGGUCAGAAUAUUCUGUGGCUGAUCUCGUGUUUCUACUUGGCGUUCAAAUGGCACUACUUCUACUUUCGGGCGGACGACGUUGAUGAGAUUAUCAAUGAUGUGGAUGAGUGCCACUGCAUGGCCGUGAGCGGUGCAGCGGCGCCAAUCAUACGCAGCGAGCAGCGCAGGUUCUUUCUGAUCGAGUCCUCACUGACAUUGGCCUGGUAUGUGGGCAAUACGAUGUUCAUUAUCCUGACGACAUCGCAGCCUCUGUGGACGGGCCAGAAGCUGCCGUUCAAUGCGGUUUAUCCUUUCGAGUGGCACGAUCCUGAAAAACAUCCCAUAGCACAUGCUAUCAUAUACAUUUGGCAAUUCUAUUUCCUAGCCUACAACCUGGCGAUCAAUUUUAAGAUUCUGUGCAUUGAGCUGGACACCUUUGCCAAGCUGCAUCAGGAAGAUGAGGAACAGUUUCGCAGCGAGCUCGGCCGAUUGAUUAAGCUUCAUCAGAGAGCCAUAAGGAAUGUGCAUCACGUCAACGAAGUGUUCUACGCGCCGCUCACAAUGCAAAUGCUAACCCAGUUUUUACUGAUAAGUCUGUCCACAUUCGAGACUCUAGCCGCUAAACAAGACCUCCGUGUGGCAACCAGUUUCAUUAUAUUUAUGCUUCUAACGUUCUGUCAUUGCGCCUACUUUUGCUAUUUUGGCGACAUGGUCACCGAGUACUCGAAUCAGGUGGCCCAGUCCGCCUACGGCGCCUUUGAAUGGUCGCCAAACUCGCGAGUCAUACGACGUGAUCUGCUCUUCAUGAUAAGCCGAGCACAGAAGCCGCUGGCCGUGACCCCUAGCCCGUUACCGCCCUUCAAUCGGAUCACUUUUAUGAGUGUAAUUAAGCAAUGCUAUACGAUACUCACACUCUUGAUGGAGAGCAUGGAUUAG